AACUACAAAUUACUGCAAACGUUACCUUGAGCCGCGUAGCACUAUGUCUUGUUACUGUUUAAGAUAAUUACAAUUUACCUGUGAUGGUGUUGACAGUAAUAUUUUGGGAAGCAUGAUUGCCUUAUUGAGAACCGAAUGGUGGUAAAGAGGAGACGCCUACGCGGUGUUAGCGUGGAACUUCAUCCGUGCCGUCGGUCUGCCGGCUCGAUUCCAAAGAUCGGAAUCAGUCGUUCGACGAACGUCGCUCGCGCCGCGUCCUCUUAGCGCAACUGUUGUACGCGUAUUCGUGGCCGCCCGCCCAAACAGCGCCGUGUCAUUUCUAAUAUUUACAUUUGACAUUAAUUUCUUGAAACAUAAGUGAAAAUAAUCGAACUAUAAUAAUAAUAUAAAAACAGUUCAUCAAAACAGUUUUAUCGUGAACUUUUUGUGUUGUUCUCUAACGGAUGAUCUUUAUUUGACGUUCGACAAUCUCGAAAGAAAUCUUCUGAAAUAAAAAUCAUCGAAAUUAAAAAAGUGGUGGCCGGUAGCCCUAAUGGGGUCAGUCUCAAUGGCGAUUGUGGAGAAGGUGUCACGAGGCUGACUUUAGGCCUGCAACCGGAGACAUUCGACAUGAACGAUAUCCCAAUUAAUACGUACACAGUGGACACACGGAGAAUGCAGCUCUAUUCACAUCCACACGUCCAUCCGACGGUGACGGAAUUGUCUAUACACGCGGUGUCCACACAAGAGUUACUGAAGCCAAAAGAAGAGCCUGCGUACUCCUUGGCUACACCAUCAAACUUGUGCUCCGUCAGUUUACAUCAUACAGGUACCCAGCCGUAUGAUAAUAGAAUAUGUAUUCAAGAAACCAGUGCAAAUGAUACUCCCAACUCCCAAAAUGUUAAAGGAGAAGAAGAUCUUUCCAGGGUAUAUCAAACUCUUUCAUUGCCUUCUCUCUCCAGAGAGGACAACAAUAGUUCUAGCAAUAAUAACAACAGUAACAGUAAUGAAGCCAAAAUCAAAUCAAAAACGGCGGCGCCUGUCAGUCCUGGGAGCUCGGAAUUGAAGCCUCAAUCCACUACAGCAGCGCAAGCCCUGACCAAGCCUCCUUAUUCUUAUGUGGCCCUUAUUUCAAUGGCGAUACAAAAUAGUCAAACGAAACGAGCCACUCUCAGCGAAAUAUAUGCUUAUAUCACCAAGGAGUUUCCAUAUUUUGAAAAAAAUAAAAAGGGAUGGCAAAAUUCUAUAAGACACAAUCUCAGUCUAAACGAAUGCUUUGUUAAAGUACCACGUGAAGGUGGGGGUGAAAGGAAAGGAAAUUAUUGGACUUUAGAUCCACAAUGCGGAGAUAUGUUCGAGAAUGGGAACUACAGGAGACGACGCAGAAUGAAAAGGCCAUUCCGGACUACGCCCUAUACGAAAACACUAUUCGGCGAUGGAUACCACGUGGCGCACGUUGCCCAACACGUGCCACCUCAUAUGCAACCACUUCCAUUAGGAGCGAGAAAUUAUUUUGGCUCCGGUUCUCCGUAUCCGUCAUCUUAUCCUAGAUAUGACACUACUUGGCUUACCCAGUCGACGAGUGGGCUCGGGUAUGCAAGCGCGUGUGGAAGUAUGGGCCGGAGUCCGCCGGGAUGCUCCCCGCACAGUGCGAUGCCCCAUCAAUCAUCUCCUGUUUCAGUAAAUCCAUUUGCGACUCAUCAGUUGCAAGGACAGUUACAGAAUCCGUUGCAACCAAUGCAGUCAAUACCAAUGAAUUCUUACAAUCCAAUCGGUGUUUCGGCGUUGGAUGGCUCACCAAGUCCAGGUCCGGGAUAUGCACCUUCGUCAGGUGGAUACUCUCCGAGUCGACAUCACGACAUUGUUUCGUCUUCGGACACUGUGUCGCGGUUUCCGUUUUGGCCGGAAGGUGGCUCCCCGAGUCCCAACUCUGGAUACGUGCCCACAAGCAGUUUUUCCCCGACGCGGCGACAUGAGACUGUUACCUCCUCGGAAACUAGCGCCGCAAGGUUUUCUUUCUGGCCUGAUGGUGAAUACCAUUUUAUCUUUGGUGUGAAAGAAGAGGCGUCGUCAAGUCUCAUAUCUAAUGCAGCGCCAUAUUCGAAAUGUUUUAUGUAAAUUUACCAAAGUUGGAGGGAAAUAAGACUAGAGUUAUCCAUUAUAUCUUAUGCACUAGAUUGGAAUAAGAUUCAUAAAUGGAUUAUUAAUAUGACUGUAAUAUAUAAAAUCGACGUAAAAGUGGUUAAUGUAUAAAACUAUAAAGUUAAUUGUACGCGUGUACCUUAUCGUAGAUGAAUAGAUUUUAUGAAAAAAUAUUGAGAGCUCUUUGAAUUAAAAUGUUGAUAUCUGGUAGAUAUUUGUUGCAGAUGAUAGUACAGAUAAAUAUAUCGGAGUGAGUGUCCCACCGUGAAAUAAUGUUAUUGAUAAAUACAAUGACGACAAGCAGUUAAUUUGUCUUCAUUAAUGUCAAUAAUCACUCGUACUGACACCGAUGGUUGUAGCCGUCGAGGCUGACCCGAAUUCACACGUUGGCUCAAUAUCUGCACCCAUCCCUUGUCAUAAUUAUUUGGAUAAAGUGAGACAGAAAUAGCUGAUGUUUAGCUAGCGCGUGAAACUGUUGGCAUAUUGCUGUGUAAAAUUAUGCACCAAUGUUUUGAGGGAAUCUUUAAACGGUUCAUGAUACUUACGUAUCUUGUAUGUAUUGGAUAAAAAUAAUAAUAAUUGGUGUGUUGAUGUCUAAUGAAUAUUUCUCCCUAGUUGUUGCAAGAAUACUAUUUGUAAGAUUCCUGUGUGACUCUUUAAUAUUAGCAUAGUUAGUUUCCCAAGUGACUUGUUAUUAAAUGAUACUUAAUGAUAGUUAUAUGUAAUCAUUUCACUAAGUGGAACAAUGUUUUGUGGUGAAAUUGGGCGAGUUUUAAACGUAGCCAAUUUCAUUACGUGCAAUAUUGUUUAUAAAAUUUUUUUCAUCUUUCUAUAUGAUAAAAGGCCCACUGUUUUAACAUGCCUGCAGAGAUUAGAUAAGACGCCCUUAAUGAUUUGUUGUCAUUUACUUUAAUUGCUUUUCCAUUUCUCAUGGUUUUUUACUGUGAUAGUUCAUUAAAUAAUAUUUGUUCGUAUUAUUAGACACACUUCUGAAAAUUUCAAGUAAGAGGGCGUAUUUUGAUAUUUAUUAAAUGUUGUUUCUGUCUCAAUAAUAUAUUUUUAUUUAACUCUAUAA